AUGUUCAUCUUGUCACUCGGACUUGUGCUUGUCAGCGUUGUCAGCGGCCUCAAGUACGAUCCUCAAUAUGAGGGCUACAACCUCAAUGAAAACGACACAGAUAACCCCUUAGAGUAUUGGGGGAAAUGGGAAGACCAUGACUUCUAUCCGUCGCCGGAAAAUUGGCGAUUGCCCUUCUACACUCUCUUCCUUGACAGAUUUGUCAACGGAGAUCCAAGUAACGACAACAUCAACGAAACCCACUUUGAGCAGGACAUCUUGGGGACCCAACUACGGUUUGGUGGUGAUAUUGAUGGACUGGCCGACACCCUCGACUAUAUUCAAGGCUUCGGUAUCAAGGCCAUCUACGUGGCUGGAUCGCCUUUCAUCAACCAGCCAUGGGGCGCCGACUCAUAUUCACCGUUGGACCUGACGCUUCUCGACAUGCACUUCGGCAACAUCACGCAGUGGAGGGCGGCAGUAACCGAGAUACAUAGGCGCGGCAUGUACAUUAUUUUGGACAACACCUUGGCGACCAUGGGCGAUCUGAUUGGGUUCGAGAACUAUUUGAACGAGAGUGCGCCCUUCUGGCUAGAGGAACAUCCUGCGUUGUGGAAGACUUCGAGGCAUUACCACGAUUUCACUUACGGCACGGAGUACAACGAGACUUGUGACAUGCCGAGGUUCUAUCUGGACGACGGCGAGGAAGUCGAUCAAGAUGUGUACGACCAGUUCGGGGGCUGUUACGAUGGCGACUUUGACCAGUUUGGUGAUACCGAGGCUUUUGGUGUGUACCCGGAUUGGCGUCGCCAGAUCACCAAGUUCGCCUCCGUCCAGGACCGACUUCGCGAAUGGGUUCCUUCAGUGCUGGACAAGCUUUCGCACUUUUCCUGCAUCACCAUUGCCUCUUUGGACAUUGACGGAUUCCGAUACGAUAAGGCAACCCAGGUUACUGUUGACGCUGAAGGGAAUUUCUCGUCGCACCUGAGAGAAUGCGCACGCGAGCUGGGCAAGAACAACUUUUUCAUUCCCGGCGAAAUUACGGGAGGAAACGGAUUCGGCUCCAUCUAUGUCGGUCGCGGCCGCCAGCCAAGCCAAUACUUGGAAAACAUUGAAGUCGCCGUCAACUUAACCAAUGCAACCACCAAGGACAUCUUCAUUCGGGAUGAGGGUCAAGAGGCCUUGGACGGGGCCGCCUUCCACUAUUCAAUCUACCGAAACCUACUUAGAUUCUUGGGCAUGGACGGAAGUGUCGAGGCCGCGUACGAUCUUCCCAAGAACUGGGUUGAAGCUUGGAACACUAUGCUCACUACCAACGACUUCCUCAACGCGAACACGGGAAAAUUCGAUCCGAGACAUAUGUACGGAGUUGUCAACCAAGAUGUUUUCCGCUGGCCUGCGCUUACUCUUGGAAUUGAGCGUAACUUGUUGGGUCUGUUUAUAACGACGUUGCAUAUGCCUGGCAUCCCUUUGCUUCUUUGGGGCGAGGAACAGGCUUACUAUGUACAUGACAACACGGCGAGCAAUUAUAUGUACGGACGACAGCCGAUUUCAUCUAGUCAGGCGUGGCAGAGACACGGAUGCUACAGCUUAGAAGCGACCUUGUACUACCAGAUGCCUCUUGACGCGGCACUCACCGGAUGCGAAGAUGACACCGUCUCUUACGACCACAGAGACCCGAGCCACCCGGUCAGGGCUAUUAUCAAGCACAUGUACCAUCUUCGAGAGCAGUUCCCUGUUCUGAAGGACGGCUUCUACCUGAGGGAGCUGUCUGCCCAGACAAAGGAGGUCACGUUGCCUGGAAGUUCCGGAACACCGACCGAGUUCGGCAUUUGGUCUGUGAUGCGAUCCGAGUUCUUGGGCAUCCAGGAUUUGGGCAACGGGACCAGCGCUACGCCUGUGUGGUUGCUUUACCACAACAAUAACGUCACGACGACGUAUUCGUUCGACUGCACGAGCGACGACUUGAACAAAACUCUGAUUGCGCCCUUCGACACCAACACCAAGGUCAGGAACCUGAUGUUCCCCCAUCAACGGUUGAAUCUCACCGAUUCGGCAACGAAGCUGGAGAUCAACGGAUCUACUGAGUAUAAUGGUUGUGUCGACACCAUUACGAUGAACGCGUACGAGUUUAGAGCCUACGUCCCAGAGGCGUCGUGGAUCCCACCACCACCCAUGAUCACCAAGUACUAUCCUGGACACGACUUCCGCAUCAAAUCGUCCGAGUCCACCACCGUCAGCAUAUCAUUCCACGCAUCGACCGUUAUGGACUGCGACUCAUUCACCGAUGCCAUCAGCUUCAGUUCCAAGACGCUCGACUCCAGCGUCACCCCCAGUGUUGACAGCUCCACCGUGAAGUGCGAGAACAUUUCAGAAACCACUGCGUCGUACCCAGGUGCCAUUGCUUCGGCCUGGUCCUGGUCGGCCGAUGUUGUCGAUCUGGCCCCCGGAAUUCACCAGAUCAUUGUAACAAACGCCUCCACGGCUGAUCUGGGCUCUUUUACCAACUCGGUGGACCGCUUCCUCAUACGGGUUGGUGCGGGAGACAACCCCCUCGUGUUCCAAACCACGAGCAACUAUUCCACAACGCUUCUGUCCAAGUCAGACAGUUCCGACGGAGACUUCAUUCUCAACCACACCGCUGCUGGUGCUGACCAGUUCCGUUACUCCUUGACCUGGGAAUCGAGCUGGAGCGACUGGAUGGAAUAUCCCGACAGCCAAAAAUCGACCAUCAAGUCUCAGUCGUGGUCGGGGACAAAAAGCCAGGAAUGGGAUGGUGAACACGUUAUUGUGCAAUACUACAGUAAACUCCUGGGCAGCAGUGCUUACGUACAACACGGUGACCUCGACUAUGAUACCCCGCGUCGAUUCCCCCAUCUGCAUACCUCGGGCCCGUUCAACCAAUACGGAUACGACGCAGGACUCAACAACGUGGUCAAACAGCACUCGGUCGCGUCCACCUGGGACUGGCACUAUAUGGAUGAGUGGUACCCUUCGGCCCAUAUCCAAUUGAGUGUCUGGGGCAUGAACCCGGACGGGCAGCCCGACCAAAGUUUCGUCUACGGCGACAUCGACGGGGACUAUGUUCUCGAGCGUCUGCCGCCGUCGAGUUUGGUGGAGAGCAGCAUCAACAUCACGCAAGCGCCGCCCAAGCCGUAUCUCUCCUACCGUAUCGUGUUGCAGGACUCCACGCUUCGAUACCAGCUCCAGCCUCAGGGCAACAUGUACGCGCAGCUGGCGCUGUAUAUCCUGCUUUGGAUCGUGCCCAUAAUUAGCGGUCUAGCCGUGGUCUUCGUGUUCAAGCGGUCCUUCUACAAGGUCAAGUUCAACGAGUUCGGCACCCACGACCAGUCCAAGUUCGGCCUUCUGGUCCAGAAGACGAGGCACAAGCUCAUGGGCGUUGCUGGUUCCGUGCCCCUCAAGACUUUCAGCUCCAGCCAUCUCAACCUGGCGGCUGCGGAGAUAGCGGCGCCGACAAAGCGACGAACGGUCUUGAUCGCUACUAUGGAGUACAACAUUGACGACUGGGCCAUCAAGAUUAAGAUCGGAGGAUUGGGUGUCAUGUCUCAGCUUAUGGGGUCCGCCUGCAAGCACCAGGAUCUGAUUUGGGUUGUUCCGUGCGUCGGUGGUAUCGAUUACCCUAUCGACGAACCCGCGGAAUCCAUGCUGGUCAAAAUCAUGGACCAGUUCUACGAAAUCCAAGUCCAGUACCACAAGGUCGACAAUAUCACCUUUGUGCUGCUUGACGCCCCCGUGUUCCGCAAGCAGUCCAAGGCUGAGCCGUACCCGGCUAGAAUGGACGACAUGGAGAGUGCUAUUUACUACUCCGCCUGGAACCAAUGUAUUGCCGAGACUAUCAACCGCUUCCCCGUCGACUUGUACCACAUCAACGAUUACCACGGAGCAGCAGCGCUGCUUUACCUCCUGCCCAAGACCCUUCCCGCCGCCAUGUCGCUCCACAAUGCCGAGUUCCAGGGCAUGUGGCCGAUGCGAACCCCCGAGGAAAGUAUGGAAGUGUGCAAGGUGUACAACUUGCCCUUGGAGGUGGUGAGGGAAUACGUGCAAUUCGGAUCUGUCUUCAACUUGCUCAACGCCGGCGCCAGUUACCUGCGUAUCAACCAAGGCGGUUUCGGUGCAGUCGGUGUGUCCAAGAAGUAUGGUGACCGGUCCUAUGCUCGUUAUCCCAUUUUCUGGGGUCUUUCCAAGAUUGGAGAGUUGCCUAAUCCGGAUCCGAGUGACACUGGGGAGUGGAACAAGGACGAUUGCCUCAAAGAAGGCAAACUCGAGGUCGAUGAGACGUUCGAGGCUGGUCGUGCCGAGCUGAAGAGGCAGGCCCAGGAGUGGGCUGGCUUGACGCAGAACCCUGAUGCUGAGCUGAUGGUCUUCGUUGGACGAUGGAGUUUGCAGAAGGGCGUCGAUCUUAUUGCCGACAUAUUCCCUUGGGUCUUGGAACAUUACCCCCAGACUCAGCUGAUCUGCGUCGGACCCGUUAUUGAUUUGUAUGGUCGUUUCGCUGCCCUCAAGCUUUCCAAGUUGAUGGAGCAAUUCCCUGGACGUGUGUUCAGUAAGCCCGAAUUCACGGCUCUGCCGCCGUACAUUUUCAGUGGAGCCGAGUUUGCCUUGAUUCCCUCUCGUGACGAACCUUUUGGUUUGGUUGCCGUUGAAUUUGGAAGAAAGGGUGCGCUGGGUAUUGGAGGAAGAGUGGGAGGCUUGGGAACCAUGCCCGGUUGGUGGUUCACUGUUGAGUCGACCAAAGCGUCCCAUUUGCUUAGCCAGUUCAAACAUGCCAUUGUGGCAGCAUUGGAGACGGACCGCCCAACGAGAGCUCUCAUGCGAGCGGCGGCCGCCAAGCAACGUUUCCCCGUCGCCCAAUGGCUCCAGAAGCUGGACAAGCUGCAGUCAAGUGUUAUCAGGGUGCACCACAAGAACGAGAAGAAGUCGACCAAGAAAGCGUUAGCGCUGCUCAAGAACUCGCAAAACAACGGUAGUUCCAUGGCUCUGACCAGCGAUGUGACGACAACCUAUGCCGACGUCAGCCAAAUAGACGUCAGACAAAUUCCUGACCACGACGACGACUACACGCUGGGCGACUACAGCCGCAACCCGUCGGGACUCAACACACCCAUGAUGGUGUCCCGCCCUUCAUCGCCCGGCCUGACCCCUCGCCUGGGCUCGCCCAUGAGCUCCCGCCCCGGAACCCCCGGCCAAAGUUUCUUUAAUAGCCAUGACCGCCACGAUUCAGAAAUGUCGUUCCCGGACCAAUGGCCCAUGGGCUCGGACCUGGGCUUAGAGCGGCCAAGAGGCCUCGGCAUCCACGACAACUCCAGUCGCGCCUCCAUGCUCAGCCUCGACGAAGUGGUGGGCGAUCGCAACGAUUUCAAGCUCCAAAAGGUCGACCCCUUCUUUACCGAUCAAAAGGGAGACUUCUAUUCCGCCUUUGAGAAGAAGCUGGGAGCUCUGACGGUGGAUAACUCUAUUUCGGAGUUGUGUAUUGAGGAUUACCUCAUCAAGAGUGAGAAGGAGUGGUUCGAACAGUACCGUGACGCACGACUCGGCCGCUCUGCGUCUCCGUCACCCUCUGUGGGCGGACGACCCAGCUCACCUGCUCGAUCCAAGUUGCGCGUCCCCGCUGCUGGCGGUAGCCGGCCGAGACUGCCGUCUGCUCUGAUGAACAGCAGCACGCGCGUGUCUCUUGACCAGGAAUCAGAUGAUGAUAUGGCGGACCAGAGGUCACAGUUUGCCAUCCCCGAUGACUACGUCCCGCCGACGGGUUUGAAGAAGUAUCUUCAAUACAGCGUUGGUGACUGGCCAAUCUACAGUAUCCUCCUCGCCAUGAACCAAGUUCUUUCGGUCAACUCAUACCAAGUCACCCUUCUCACAGGCGAAGUCGGCCAGGCGGCCACCAAGCUAUACACCGUGGCCAGUAUCUACCUCGUCUUCGCCAUCCUCUGGUAUACGCUCUCGCGCACCGUGCCACUGCUCUACCCCCUCGCCAUCCCCUUCUUUGUCUACGGCAUCGCCUUCAUCAUCCUGGGCUUUUCGCCCAUGGCUAGUGACAGCGACACUAAGGGCUGGCUGCAAAAUGUGGCCACGGGCUUCUACGCUGCGGCUUCGGCUAGUGGCGCCAUCUCGUUCGCGUUUAACUUUGGUACGGAUGGUGGAUCGACGGUGACUACCUGGAUUUUCCGUAUGGCAGUUAUUCAGGGGUUGAGUCAGUUGUACACAAUUGGCUUGUGGGCGUGGGGAAGUCUGAUCAGUGCGGCGUCGGCUAAUUCGACUGCUUCGCCAUCCCUGGCUAACUCUCCGGCACUCCUCGGUGUCUGUCUGCCUAUCACCUUAUUGCUCUGGGCUAUUGGUGUUGUCGUAUUUCUUGGCCUUCCCGACUUCUAUCGCGAAACUCCUGGCCCCGUCCCGCAACUCUGGAAGACGCUCCUCAAGCGCAAGACCAUCGCCUGGUACCUACUCGCGGUCCUGAUCCAGAACUACUUCCUCUCGACUCUCUACGGUCGCAACUGGUUCUUCCUCUUCAGCUCGAAGGUCCUCCCCGUCUGGGGCGUCGUCUUACUCGCGCUGGGCUUCUUCACCAUCGGCUGGGCGGGAAUCCUCUAUGCUCUCGCCGUUGCUAGUAAGAGCCACCCCUGGCUUUUCCCCAUGUUCGCCGUCGGCCUCGGUGCUCCCCGCUGGGCCCAGAUGUUCUGGGGCACGUCCCGCAUCGGUCUCUGGCUGCCGUGGGCUGGUGGUGCCAUGGCGUCUGCGGUUCUGAGUCGUAUGCUCUGGCUUUGGCUUGGUCUUCUGGACGCUGUGUCCGGGGCGGGCAUUGGUGUUAUUCUCAUGUUAACUCUGACCCGAGUCCACGUCUCGGCCGCGGUCGCGUCGGCUUCGGUCUUAGGUAGUAUAGCGACCAUGCUAGCCCGGGCCACUGCGCCCAAUAACCUCGGCCCCGGGGAUGUAUUCCCGGAUAUGAGCAAAGGCGUGAGUGCUCUUGGUACGGCCUGGUUUUGGGUCGUAUUGUUUUUGCAGUUGUUUAUUUGUAUUGGGUACUUCAAAUUCUUCAGGAAGGAACAAGUCAGCAAGCCGUAA